AUGAGCAACAACAGUAAUAAGAGAGCACCCACGACAGCAACACAGAGGCUGAAACAAGACUACCUUCGAAUUAAGAAGGAUCCAGUGCCUUACAUCUGUGCAGAGCCCCUCCCAUCCAAUAUCCUGGAAUGGCACUACGUUGUGAGGGGACCUGAAAUGACUCCCUAUGAAGGUGGCUAUUAUCAUGGGAAACUAAUAUUCCCCAGAGAAUUUCCUUUUAAACCUCCUAGUAUUUAUAUGAUUACACCUAAUGGAAGGUUUAAGUGUAAUACAAGGUUGUGUCUUUCCAUCACUGAUUUCCACCCGGAUACAUGGAAUCCAGCUUGGUCAGUCUCAACGAUCUUGACGGGCCUUCUUAGUUUUAUGGUGGAAAAGGGCCCCACACUGGGCAGCAUAGAGACAUCAGAGUUCACAAAAAGGCAGCUGGCAGCACAAAGCUUAGCAUUUAACCUAAAAGAUAAAGUCUUUUGUGAGCUCUUCCCUGAAGUGGUGGAGGAGAUGAAACAAAAACAGAAAGCACAAGAAGAGCUCAGUAACAGACCUCCAUCCCUCCCUUUGCCAGAUGUUGUCCCUGAUGGGGAAGCACACUAUGGGCAGAAUGGAAUACCCCUCCUUAAUGGGCAUGUACCCCUGGCACCUGCCAAUCACCCCGGUCUCCAGCAGGCCAACCGCAACCAUGGACUUCUAGGCGGAGCUCUGGCGAACUUGUUUGUUAUAGUUGGUUUUGCAGCCUUUGCCUACACAGUCAAGUAUGUACUGAGAAGCAUAGCACAAGAAUGAGGAUAAUAAAUCCAAGACCAAAUUAGCAGUAGUUGCAGAAUGAGUGGGGACUCUUUGGGCAUCUUGACUCUGACACUGGGAGAAUUAAUU